AUGGUUCAAUGCUACUAUUGUAAUAGAUUUUGCCACUUUGCUGAGGAUUGUUGGUCAAACAAGGAAAGGAAGUCAGAAGAAGCAAUCAUAGUCAGAGGAGAUUAUGAUGAUGAACUUGUGCUAUUGGUGGCUUAUGAAUCUGAUGAUGAUGAACCUAUGCGAUUGAAGAUUUCUGAUUCUGAAAGAGACUCUGAAUCUGAAGUCGAGUCUGAUUCUGAAAGAGACUCUGAAUCUGAAGUCGAGUCUGAUUCUGAAUAUGAGUCGGAAUCAAAAGAUGAGUCAGAAUCUGAAGAUUUUGAAGAAGAGUCAGAAUUUGAGGGUUCUGAAGAUAAGUCGGAGUCAGAAGAUGACUCUAAAGCUGAAGAUGAGUCAGAGUCAGAAGAUGACUCUGAAGCUGAACAUGAGUCAGAGUAUGAAGGUGACUCUGAAGAUGAAGAAGACUAUGAAAGCGAGUCUGAUUCUGAAGGUGAAUCUGAUUUUGAUCCAUAUUCUGAUGAUGAUCCAGAAUCUGGAUGUAAUGCAAUCUCUGGAGAUGGAGCUUCUGGAGGUAGAGCUUCUGAAGGUGGAGCCUCUGAAGGUGGUCAAACUUUUAAGAGUGGUAUAGCAUCUGAUAUUAUUCCAGAAUCAAAAGGAGAUUCUAAACAAGUUUAG